CUUCAUUAUUUCAUUUUAACAGAGAGCAAGUGAUUUUACUCAAAAGGAAAUGCUGUUCUGUGACAGAUUUCAUUCAUAAGGACAUGGGGACACAAUGUUAAAUAAAAAGGUAAUAUAAUAAAAUGCAUUAAUGCACACAACUGGGAAGUAGUGCGCUUCAAAGUUGCUCAGCAUUUUUAAUCAUAGGAUUGUCUCGGUCAGAGGGGGACUUAAGAUGCGCUCACGAAAACCGCACAAACCAGUAAUCGUUUUUCUUCUGUUAUUUAAAUAACUUAAUGAUGCUUUGUUAACCCCACCCAUAAUGGCGCCUAGGUGCCCCUGAGAGACCCUUAGGUCAAGAAACCCCGUAUGUUUUGGUAAAAUUUGAAGUGAAAACCAACAGCCAAAUGAAAGAAAUGUAUUCAUCAGUGAGGCAUGGACACUCAUGUUAACAGUUCAUGCAGCCUGCAAUCAAUCGUCAAAUAACUGCUGUAUUAUAAAACUACAUUAUGGCAUUGUGAAUGUACUUAAAAGGAAUACUAUGUUGGACAUAUAAUGUGUUGUUUUCCUUUUAUUGCCCAGUCGCCAUAUUGGACGCCCUUAAACCCCAUGACAUCAUGAAAGCGUGUUCCUUCUGUCCGUCGCUGAGGGGAGCUGCUACUACUACCGACUGAUGUUAACGCUAAGUGCACAGGAGACAAAGCAACGAACUAAUUGCCCCCCUGGAUCAAUCACAUGCGAUUUUUAACUGUUUGCGGACCGAUACUAACAAACAUGGGACGGGUUACUAGGGGUUUCAGGAAAUGAGCAGUUGCCUCAUAUCACUGCAGAGGACAAUGACAACAAUGAUAGCCCUGUGUGGAUUUGGAGAGUAACAUUCAUUUCAUAUUUCAAAGAACAUUCACAUCAACCACACUAAUGAGUCUUGGAUGUUUGGCAGUUCACCUUCUAUAGAGAACAUUCAGUCCUCUUGCAGAACCCUGGUCUGCUAACAUGGAUGAAGAAGUCCCGUCCCCCAAAAGUGACGCAAGCCAAGAAUCAAAUGGCGUUACAGGGGAGGACAAGAGACGUGAGGUCAAGGCAACAUGUUUGAAAAUUGAAGGUCAAGAUGGAUAUGUGUUUAAGACGUACAGCGUCACACCUCACGAUGAAGCAGACGCAAAAUCCUCUACCGGCAUCUCAGAAGCUUUAGCCACGGAUACUUCCUCUGUUGAGGGCACAUCCAGUGAUGUAUCUUCUCAGGUUAACCUGGAGUCCUCAGAGGAGGCAGUUGUGGGGGAGUCCAGUGAGAAAGCGGAUUCUCCAGCAACCUCCCCUGCCAAUACAGACCAGCCGGACAACCAGACGACGGACGUGGACGAGGCAAAUCCAGCAGAUGAUGAACCAACACUGCAUAUCAAAGAGGAACCAAAUUCAGUGGACGACGACAUGCAGGAGGGUGAAAAGUUGCCAUUCGAUAGUGCUGCAGGCCCUUUUGUCAGCAAAGACAACAAUGAGGACUAUGGCGGCUUGCUAAGUGGCUACACAAGUACCCUUUAUGAUGUCGCCAUGGAUGCAGUCACUCAGAGCCUUCUGUCGUCCAUGAGAAAUCCUGUGAACCCACGGAAAAAGUCUCCUGCCUGGAACCAUUUCUUCAUAUCUCCACGAGAUAGUACCAAAGCUAUUUGUAUGUACUGUAUGAAAGAGUUUAGUAGGGGCAAAAAUGAAAAAGACCUGAGCACUAGCUGUUUGAUGAGACAUGUGCGCAGGGCUCAUCCAACAGUGCUUUUACAAGACGGAGAGAACUCCACUAAUUCGACACCUAGUGCUGUUGCCUCAUCCUCAAUACCUCCCAUGAAAUCACCAAAUACUGGAGACUUGGCAGCUACUACUACUUUUUGUUCAGAGAACAACACCUCACCCUCCACAUCAAUUUCCACAACAGAAGCCACAACCAACAACACAUCAUCCAAAGAAACAGCGUUAAAAAUCAAACCAAAAUUAGAGAAGUGUCCCAAGACUGUUACCGUUACUGCCGCAGUGUCAUCUCCACAUUCCACCAACAACAACCACAUCGACGACCUGAUGGACGGAGGUUUGCCAUCAACACCAAAAGCCUCUAGUUCUUCUUCUCGGAGGCGAUCGGCAGUGUGGAAACAUUUUUACCUGUCCCCUGCAGACAGUUCCAAAGCUGUCUGUGUGCACUGCAUGAAUGAGUUCAGUCGAGGAAAAAAUGGAAAGGACUUGGGAACAAGUUGCCUGAUCCGCCACAUGUGGCGUGCCCACCGUGACAUCGUCAUCGAGGAAAAUGGACAGGGCUCCAACAUUCCGCCCCCGUACACAACACCACCUACACUGUUGUCACGCACACAGGCACAGGAUCCAACUACUGAGAUGAAAAAGGAACCCACGUUUAACUCGUGCUCCCCUGAAAUGCUCCCCGAUGAAGUGCCACAGAACAUGAGCAUGGACUUGGACAUCAAGGAGGAGGAAUCUGACGAUGCUGUGUGUCAGACAGGGCAAGACUCUUUGCUGGACUUGUCUUUUGGAUUGAAAGGUGAAAAUCUACCCUCAGUCUCCUCACCAGAGGAGUCAGCCGAUGCCUCAAGCUUGAACGAGGACUUGAGUUCAGUGUUCCAGCAAAAUAAGAAAAUAAUGAAAAGGGUGAAGUCUGAAGUGUGGCAUCAUUUUAUCGUCUCCCCUGUCGACCAGCUCAAAGCUCUGUGUCGAUACUGCCCCUGUGUCAUCAGUCGAGGCAAACGGGGUGAUUUCGGCACGAGCUGCUUGAUGAGGCAUCUCAUGCGACGCCAUCCUGACGUCCUAAAGAACCAAAAAAAUGCAUACAUGCCCUCCCCUCAGUCACCCUUCACAGAGGGCGCGUCCACAAAGAUGACUGACAGUCCUGUUCAUGAGAGAAAGUCAAACACUCUGUCCCUUUUCAGCAAAAAGACUUCAAAGCUGUGGAAUCACUUUUCUAUUUCUACUACAGAUCCCACAAAAGUGAUUUGUUUGCACUGUAGCCGCACAAUUAGCAGGGGUAAAAAGACGACAAACCUUGGCACAAGCUGCUUGUUUAGGCACAUGCAAAGAUUUCAUGGACAUUUUCUUGAAAAUAACAGCAAUAACUCAGGUGAUGUGUCAACAACUGCUGAACUUCAAAAUAGCCAAGAGCUCAUGGACACUGCCUCCCCAUAUGAAGAAAAUGGUGAGAAAUUUGACGAAUACUACCCGGUUGCCAAAAAAAUCACCAAGCUCAUCGCAGAAAUGCUUGCACUUGAUCUUCUGCCGUCUGCUGUGGUGGAGAACGUCGGCCUGAAUCGACUGCUGGAAUACCUCCAACCACAGUACACUCUACCCUCCUCCUCCUACUUCACCAGCACUGCCAUACCAGAAAUGUAUGAAAGGGUGAAAGAAGUUGUUCUUACACAUCUGAAAGAGGCAGAGGGUGGCAUUGUCCACUUUUCAGCAAGUGUCUGGGUAAGCAGCCAAACCAGGGAAUACCUGACACUGACCGCACACUGGGUUGCCUACGAAUCAUGUGUACGUCCGCAGGGUGAAGAUUCCCACUGCUCAGCUCUCCUCAGCGUCUCCCAGAUAGACUGUGACUACAACAUGGUGAAUAUCCAGAAGCAGCUUCAGUAUCUCUGGGAUACGUGGAUCUCUUCGGCAGGUCUCAGGAUCGGAUUCACUGUAUCAGACAGCCAGAUCAUUCGAAAUGUUCUGGAAGACACCAACGACACCCUCCAAUGUUUUGGUCACACAAUAGACCUCAUUGUGAACGAAGCCAUAAAAAGUCAAAGAAUGGUUCAGAACAUUCUCAGCAUUGCCCGCAAAAUCUGUGAACGCGUACACCGCUCUGCAAAAGCCAAGGAAAAGUUGACUGAACUGCAGAAAACAUACCAGUUGCCCGAAAAUCAACUUGUCCAGGAUGUUCCGUCCAAGUGGAAAACGUCCUUCUUCAUGCUUGAACGUCUAGUGGAACAAAAGAAAGCCAUUGAUGAAAUGUCCAUAGAGUGCAAUUUCAGAGAACUGAUAAGCUGUGAUCAAUGGGAGGUGAUGCAGUCAGUGUGCAGUGCUCUGAAGCCUUUCGAGGUCGCCUGCAGGGAGAUGAGCAACCGCACUGCCACACUCGGCCAAGUCAUUCCUCUCAUACACAUCCUCAACCGCAAAAUCGAUAUGCUCUUCGACGAGACGAUGGGCAUCGACAACAUGCUGAAAUCCCUCAAGGAAGCCAUGGUCACCAGAAUGUCCUCUACGCUACACGACCCAAGAUACACUUGGGCAACGAUGCUGGACCCACGGUACAAAACCUCACUGUUCUCAGAGGAGGAGGCCGAAAGGUGCAAACAAGACCUCAUCCAAGAGCUGGAGGCGUCACUGUCUACCUCAAAUGCAGAAGCGAAGCCUCCUCUGUCCAACGGAUGUGCUGAACUUUCGGCUCCAACCAACAGCUUUGCUGCAAAGAAGGACGACCUCUGGUCUCUCAUGGACGAUAUCAGGAACAAAAUCAAACAGGAGGACAAGCCAAAAGCUUCAGAAAUAGCCGUUCUGGAGUACCUAGAGGAGGACAUUCUGGAUCAAAGCUGCAAUCCACUGGAUUAUUGGAAUCUGAAAAAAUACUUGUGGCCAGAGCUUGCUAAAGUAGCUAUUCGAUAUGUGGGUUGCCCCCCUAGUGUUGUCCCAGCCGAAACUCUGUUUAGCACAGGGAGUGUGAAUAGUGCCCUGAAUCAAUCCAGGCCAAUGCUGGAAAAUUUAGAGGGACUUCUCUUUUUAAAGGUCAACCUUCCCUUGAUAUAUUUUCAGUACUAAACUGAUUGACCUCUAAUUUGAGUCUUUUUUUCAUAUACACACCCUUUUGUGCCCAAUCAAGGAUCAUAUCACAGUUACCACAUGGUCCUCAACAAUAUUUUACAAAGAGGAGAUUUCAUAUUCAGUACUUUAACUGUGUUGUCAUUUUGCAUUAUGUUGUUUUUUUCUACUUGUGUACUACUGUUGCAACACUGCAAACUGGAGUUGAUGUCAAACUCAGUAAUUUGUAUCAGGGAGAGGGUUUGGUGUAUCUAGCUGUAGGGGUGAUGGUUUCUUGCUGUAUGUUUUUUGUAUUUAUUUUGUCUUCUUUCUCCUUGUGCCUUAGAACUACUUCAGGUCAAAAUGCUGUAAAUACUUUGUUGAUUUGAAAACCAAGUCUUCAACUUAAAUAAUGUAAAAUAUGCCUAGAUGCUGAAUUUGUGUUUUUAUAUCUCCUGGCCCAAAAGUUGAAAUGCUGUGACUGAAACUUUUUUUUGGUUUGUUAUUUAAUUAUUUUAUUGUAAAUGUAUGUCUCAUGGUACUGUUGUAGAACUAGAUUAUUUUACGACUCACUGAAAUGUUUCUUAAUUAACUGUGUAAAUUAUGUAUUUUUGUUUAUCAGGACAAGCAAUUUGUUUAACAUUUGCCUCACAAGCACAAUGGUCUUUUCUGAGGGAUUAAAUUAUAGGUUGUUGUCAUGGAAAAUGUACUGUAUAUUUUAUAAAUAAUUGUUUCUGAAGAGAAUUUGAUAAACAUGCAGACAGACUGGAACAAUGCUAAUUUUGUGAUUAUUUGUAAAUAAAUCAUGUUCUCCAGUUAAGCG